AUGAUGCGGGCAAGGUACGCGGGUCGGGGUGGUGGUCCAAAGCCUAAUGAAGUAAGGGAGAUGAUGAUGGCAGAUCACGAUGUGCCAAUAUCAUACUGGAAGGGUUUGAGGUAUAUGCGAAGGGUGGUGGUAGUGGAUGGGACCCAUCUGAAGGGGAAUUAUGCAGGAUGUAUGUUUACAGCAAGCGCGCAGGAUGCCAAUUAUCAGAUUUUUCCGGUGGUUUUUGCAAUUUUCGAUGGGGAGAAUGACAAGUCACAGACUUGGUUUUUUCAGAAUCUUCUUAACAUUAUGCCAGACGCAGAGGACGUCGUUUUCCUGUCUGACCGGCAAAAUUCCAUUUACGCGGCACUUAGUAAGGUGUAUCCAAAAGCAAGGCACGGAAUCUGUGUGGUGCACUUACAAAGGAAUGUACAAGCCAUUUUUAAGAAGAGGCACUUGGGUUAUCUCAUAUCCAAAGCAGCUAGAGCUUUCCACGUCUCUGAAUUCAACACACACUUCAACGAAAUUGUGGAAAUCGAUCGAGCAUGUGCUGAGUAUCUUGCCUCCAUAGGUUUUGAGCAAUGGACACGUGCUCACUUCACAGGAGUGCGGUACAACGUCAUGACUAGCAACAUUGCUGAGUCAUUAAACGCUACAAUGGCAGAGACGUGCGGAUUUCCUAUCAUUCCGCUGUUGGAGCAUAUCCAAACAACCUUAAUGACUUGCUUUAGCACACGGCAAAACAAGGCCAACAAUGAGUCGGGUGGGCUUACAAAGAGAGUUCAGGGAAUUGUGGUUGCUAACUUCGAGAAAGGGACCGGGUAUAUCGUCAACCGCAUUAACGAGAGUGAGUUUGAAGUGACAGACAAAAAUGGGAUAACAAAUCGUGUGGAUCUGUGUAAGAAAACUUGCACCUGUUGCGAGUUACAGCUCCUGUCUAUACCUUGCUCUCAUGCGGUAACAGCGGCUGUACGGUCCAAAGCAAAUGUUGAACAACUGGUCGGAGAGGAGUUAACGACUACUUAUUGGAGGAUGGCUUACUCGGAGAGUAUUUACCCAGUUCCAGACUAUCAAUCACCGACAGAGACAGAUGAUGUGAUUGCUAACUUUUCGCUAAUGCCGCCGGCAACUAGACGACCGCCGGGCCGCCCGCGUAAGCAACGCAUCUACUCUCGAGGAGAAUACAGGGUAUCUUCUAAUUUAGUUUGUCACUGA